CGCUCUGAACUUUGGUGAGACCUUGGCACAUGACGAUCGAAAGCGAAGCUCCAUGUGUUGCACCUUGCACUCCAAGGCGGCAAAAGGACAAAGGAGAACAUGGAGAAAUGGGAGAACGUGGAGAACAUGUGAAUCACCCAGAAACGAAUCCACGUUCACCACUUCUCUUCAUCCCUUCACCUGCAAGAGCUCGUACCCCAAAAACUUCGCAAACACCUGAAGUUCGAGAUCUUCAAAGUGCUUCGACAGUGAAGGACAGUGACCCCUGUGAUGAGCGCCUUUCCAAGCUGUCGAAGUUGCCACAGCUCUCCAGGCUCAAUGCCAACGCUCAGGAGUUUAUUCCUGCGGCACACGUCCCAACAGCCUUGCGUGUUCGGGAGGAGUCCAAUUUGAAAGAACCACCGGUGAUCUCAGUCAGGAAGAUGGCCAGCAAGGGCUGCGCCAUUGUACUUCUUCGCAGUGAACAUGUCAUUGAAUUGGCUGCUCGGAUGGCCGUGGCUGUGAUUGAUGGUGUUUGUGUGGAACUUCGGCGUCACAGCCGGCGUUCCAAACGAGAUCAGGAUGCCUUGGAACUGGGGAUUUUUGUGGCUUGGGGUCAUCGAGUGGAACGCCGAGCCACCGUGAGUGAGGAAGCCUUGGAGGCUUAUAUCAACGGCCUUUCGCAGGUUUCUGAUCCCCAAGCCUUGAGUUAUCAGCCUCCUUUCCAGGAGUCUUUACUUCUUUUUCCCUUGUCGUCGUCCAUGUCGUGCAUGUCUCUGAAGAUCAUGGCCCCCCAACUUGCUGAAGCAACUGGCCAAGUGCUCUUGGAUGGACCGCACGGUCGCAGAGAUUUGGUCCAGACGCUUUGGGAUGCCAAGUUGCAGCUAGACGAGCUCUGGAACAAACCACCGCCGCCGAAGGCUAGGUCCGUGAUGCAGCGAGUGGCAAGAGAUCAGCUCUUCCCUCAUUCUGGAAAAGAAGGCAAGGAAGGAAAAGAGGGAUCGCAUGAGAAUCGAGCAGGAGAGAAGUUGGAGGAACUAGCACAAGCAGUUGGCCUUUUAGAUGGGAUGCAACCAGGUGUUGUAGGUGCUCGCUUUCUAGAUCUCUGUGGUGGGCCAGGUGCAUGGUCGCAGUAUCUGUUGCAGAUGAACUUCCAAGGUUUUGGUUUCACCUUGAGAAGUGGAGCUGGAAGUGAGGACGAUUGGCAGGCAGAGCAGAAGGACGAUUGGUAUCCCGAGCUCUUGCGACACCCCAAUUGGCAUGCGAUUUGGGGCGCUGAUGGAACUGGUGAUCUCCUGAAGCCUGAAAAUCUGCAGCAUGCAUCACAGAUUCUUCGCGCUGCCGGUGGUGUGUCCAUUUGUGUGGCUGAUGGUGGCUUCAGUGACAAGGCCAUCCCUCCAAACCUUCUGGAGCUCUACUUCUUUCGCCUCUUCCUGGCAGAGGUAUUGACAGCAGCCAACUGUUUGCUUCCAGGUGGCCGCUUCGUUUGCAAGUUGUAUAGCACUUUCUCUGCCUCGACCUCGGCACUUCUAUUUCUGAUCACUCGUCUAUUUGAAGAUGUCCGCAUAGUCAAGCCCAUGUCCUCGCGUGUUGCGGGGCCGGAGAGAUACCUCUAUGCCAGUGGCUUCCGAGCCAACGAAGAAGCUGAGGUCAUCAAAAGGUCCUUAUGGUCAUGCCAUGUUUAUGGUGCUGGUAGGAGCCCCUUGCAGCUCCCCCUUUUGACACCCUUGGUGGUUGACUUGCACAAGGAUGCCGCCUUCCUACCCCAGCUGCAACACAUGGUGGUCACGCUUUGCAUGCGUCAGGCUGGAGCUUUGCGAGCCAUCCGUGAGAGGGCAGAGGAGCUUGAAGAGAUGGCAUUGGAUGUGGCAGAAGAAGCUCAGGCGGGUGCAGAGCUUUGGGCCGAAGCAGCCAAGAAACAACGAGAUGAACGUGCUGAACGAGAUGGAGCUAAAGAAAGGGAGAGGUCGGAGAGGUUCGAGGAUAGGUUCGAGAAGUUGCCAAACUUCUCGAAGCCGCCUUUGGGUCGUCCGACUUGGAAGCGACCUCAAGUGACGCAGUGCAAGCGAAGGCAGUCAGGCCUUUUGAGCGCCGAAUUCAAUCGUUGGCGAUAGCAAUUCAGUGCAUGCUAGUUUUUUUUCUUGUGCCGUGGCUAUGAUGAGGUCAUGCGAGCCUUUCUUAAAC